AUGCUGAAAAAAGUUGGUGGGGGGAGAGGGGGAGACAAAAAGCACGGCGCGGGAGAGGAGCCCCGGCACACGGGUGGCGACCUGUUGAACGUGUCCUGUGAGUCUGUGUGCGACGCGGGCACGGCACAUACAGCUAGCUGCAUCCUGCUGCUGAGUCGGGGAGUCACCUGAAGAAGCCACGACCCUCCACUGAGCGACGAGGGCACCUGAAAAAGUCACUUACACCUGCAAGCCUGCUAAUCCACUUGAAAGGAACACUAGUGACAAAGAAAGAGCCAGAGUCACUUAGAAGGGCUACAAGUGGCUGAAAAGGAUCUACAGAGCUACUCGGAAAAUUUCAGAGAUAAGCGUAGAACCACAAGGUCACUCAGAUGAGAUACUGAUGUCUGGACACGAGACGCCUGCACACGAGCUCCUUGAGGAACCACAAGGCGAAAAGGAUGAUCGCCCUUCUUCCGAAAAGCAGAGCCAUACUGAAGAGCAACACAUUCCCAUAGAAGACCCGAGUAAUUCAACGAAGCUGAUUAACCGAAUGGAAGUAGGAGAUUUGUCUUUGGAGGUUACCCAGAGCCCUACAGUAGAUACAACAGGACCUAGGAGCGAGCCGUGCCUCUCACCAAAACCAUCAAGCUCAGCGGAAGGUAUGAAGCCUCAAGAACAAGGAGCAAAGCUGAAGAGUAUGGUGGGAGGUGCUGCGAGACGGAUGGCGAGGAGUGGAGCCGGGGCUGUAGAGGCGGCUGCCAAGUACUUACACCGCCCCUGCGACCCCGCCUCCCUGGCCGCCGUCAGGAUAAUGUUUGGCGUGCUGAUGGUGCUGGAUGUGCUGCAGGAGCGGGGCAUGGGCGAGGCGGACGUACGCUGGGGGGACCCUGACGCCUGCCGCUUCCCCCUGCUGCCCGCCCUCGCCCCGCUGCCCCUGCCCGGGAUGCUGUUCCUCUACGCCUCGCUGCUCCUCGGCGCGGCGGGCAUGGCGGCCGGGUGGCGGUGGCGGGCGAGCUGCGGCGUGUUCCUGCUGGGCUACUGGUACCUGCUGCUGCUGGACAAGGCCACCUGGAACAACCACUCCUACCUCUACGGCCUGCUCACCGCCCUCCUGUUGGCCGCGGAGCCGCACGCUUGUUGGUCUUUGGAUGCGCGUCGUGAGGGAGGCGGCGGAGGACGACACGUGCCCUUCUGGAACUACUUCAUGUUGCGCGCGCAGGUGUUCUUCCUCUACUUCAUGGCAGGGGUGAAGAAGCUCGACCCUGACUGGCUGAGGGGGCACUCUAUGCGACACCUGGGCGAGCAGUGGGUGUUCGCCCCCUUCCGGCUCUUCGUUAGCACCGCCACCAUCGAUUACUACAUCAUUCACCUAGGCGGGUUCCUCCUGGACUUGACGCUGGGUCCCCUCCUGCUGUGGCCGCCCUCCAGGAAGGUCACCCUGUUCUUCGGCGCCGCCUUCCACCUCAUGAACUCGCAGAUCUUCUACAUAGGUAUGUUCCCGUGGGUGUGCCUGGCCACACUGCCCUUAUUCUGUCACUGCAGCUGGCCUCGUGAACUCCUCGCUGUCCUCCCCAAGCUGCCGCGAGCUCCUACACCCCGCGUGGAGGCCAACGAGAGAGAAGAGACUACUAAUGAAGGAGUAAACAGAGUAGGCGCAAAGCAAAAUCAAGGAAAAAAAUCGAGCGACGGAGGAGAACCACCAAAAAAAAAGAAAGGAAAGGAUGAUGAAUGUAAAGUUUUGAAGACGCUGAAGAAGAACUCAAAUUGCUUCUAUUCAGAUGGAAGUGGAGUGAGCCUGAGGCAGAAGGUGUCCACGGUGCUGGUGGCCUGCUACCUCCUGCUGCAGACCGUCCUGCCCUUCUCCCACUCCAUCACCAAGGGCUUCAACACGUGGACAGAGGGACCGUAUGGGUACAGCUGGGACAUGAUGGUACAUUCGUGGGACACCCUACACGUCAAGGUCACUGCCGUUACCGCUAAUGGGGGACACCGCGUCUACGUGGACCCCGACCGCUGGGUGUCCAGCCCCCGGUGGUCGAGUCACGCGGACAUGGCGGUGCAGUACUGUCGCUGCGUCCAGAGCCGCCUCGCCGCCCUCGGCCACCCCGUCACCGCCCUCUACCUCGACGUCUGGAAGUCCCUCAACGGCAGGUUCCAGCAAAGAAUUUUCGAUCCCACCGUGAACAUCCUGGAGGCGCCCUGGUCACCCUGGAGCGAGACGCCGUGGGUGCUGCCGUUAGUGAAGGACCUCGACCACUGGAGGACACGACUCUACCACCAGCAGGAGGAAGAUGAGCUUUCAACCUCCCCCGUGGAAAGGAUAUUCGUGGCCGACUUCCCCGGCCUUACUCUCGAGAAUUACCUGAGCACUGAUUUGGAGAACGUCACUCUGGAGGUAUUGAAGGGCGUGGUGGUGGCGCUCCUCCCUUGUGAGGGUGGUGGCGGGGGUCGCCUCGAUGACCAAGAGCCCAGAGACGGCCCCGAAAACAUCACGGCCUACCAGCAACAGAAUGGCGCCGGCACUCCCGCCCACUGGAAGCAGCUUGCCUUGAGGACCCACCGGUCACAUGAGGGCCUUAAGGAAACGUCAGAAAGAAGCAGUGACUAUGAGAAGGGAACAGACUUCCAGAAACUAUUAAUAGGAUGUCAUGAUCUUUCCAUGAGCCUUCACAGGGCGCAAAAGAGUCUCAAAGAGUUGGCAGCCAGUAUCCACGUUGGGACUAAGGGCGUGAGUGCACAUUUAUGCGGGGCGGCGGAGGUGAGGGUGUGCCCUGUGGUGGUAGAGUCGGGAGGCAGCCUGACCCUGCCGACCGGUGCCUUCCACUCCAUCACCACCACGUCCUCCUCACCAGCCGUUUACUCCUACAGCUUCACGAAUGCAACGUUGAGUGUCGAAGAACAACGGAGUUAUAUGGCAAGCCACAGUACUGCGGACGAGCCACGCGGGAAGGGUGGACUGGGAUUGACUGAUACAAGUCCCUCUGACGGGUCAAACAGCAACACCCAAGACGGCCAGCCCCACACCCGUCCCGAAGACUUGGAUGAGCAGUUAGGUGUUGAGUUCCCGACUUUCCAAGACCUUAUUAAGUUCUUCAAGCGGAAACUGACUCUGUUCUGGAGGUCAGGAAGGCUCUUGGCUAAAGCCUGUCACUGUGUGCUCACCAACUCCUGUCCCAAAAAAGGGUAACUGGCGCCUGACUUCUUACACGACGUAUUAGUAUUUAUUAACACUUAGUUGUGGCUAGUUUUUUUUUCUUCCAUUUUGAGGACGGAGUUACUGUAGUUAGAAGUGUUGGAUUUUCACAGAAUUAAGUCGACACAUUACAAGCUCAGUCGUAAAAAGUGAUAUAAAGAAACAAAGAAAAAAACGGCUAACCAUGCCUUGAAAAACUGACCAAAAGAGACAGACAAGCCACAUUAUUGUUGUUACUAAAUACCAUUACGACGUUUAACCCGGUAGCAGCGACGGGGCAAAUUUGUGGCUUUACCGUUUACCAGCGACGGGCCAAUUUUUUACCAUGAUAUAAACCCCCAAAAUAGAUGAUGCAUAAACUAAUCACAAAUGCGUUGAUAUAUAUAUAUUAUGAAAUGGUUUGCGUGAGCGAUGAUUUUUUCUCAUUUUUCUCGCUUAGAGGGGCCUUUAAGAAACAUGAUCCCCGCAGCUACCGGGUUAAAAAAAAUCAGGCGUGGCAGGUCGCAGAGUUAUGUCUUGGCAACACGUCCUCCCUCACCCGUGCUCGCUGUGCUACGAUCGCCUUUCAAGUCUUGGGUAGCCCCCUAGGACUUACCAUAGCUUCUCUCCGCUAAUACUAUAAUGUUUUUUCUGCUUAAAUCUCCUUAUGGAUACUGUUUGGUUAUGUUGGUAAUGAGGUUGCUAGUUAACGCUCUUAAGUCCUAACUAUUUUUUUUUUUUUUUUGUAAUCUCCAUAUUGAUUUAGGUUACCUGGACAUCUUUAUUGGUUACGAUCGCCUUUCAGGUCUUGGGUAGCCCUCUAGGACUUACUAUAGCUUCUCUCCGCUAAUACUAUAAUGUUUUUUCUGCUUAAAUCUCCUUAUGACUACUGUUUGGUUAUGUUGGUAAUGAGGUUGCUAGUUAGCGCUCUUAAGUACUAACUAAUCUCCAUAUUGAUUUAGGUUACCUGGACAUCCUUAUUGAUCAAGUCAGCAUGUUUGUACCCCCUUGCCUGCGUUCCCAAUAUAUCCAUCUGCUUCUUCCUAUACGCUCUAUACGCUUAUGAAGGGCAUCCGUAUAGUUCUUUAUUACUAUACAAGGGUGUAUGCUUCCUUGUGGUACUCAAAGUUAUAAAGAACUGAUCCCAUGUAGCUAAAACGCGUCUCAGCGAGGUGACGCUCAGAGAAUAAAACAUGAGCUUGA